CACGUAACUCUACGUACGUUGCGCAAUAUCCGCAAGCGUUGGUGCAGUACAGUCGGGGCUGGCGUAACUGGCUAGCUAGCUGAUCCCUUGAAAUGGACGUGUUCCUAAUGAUCCGGCGUCACAAGACGACAAUCUUCACAGACGCCAAGGAAUGCACCACAGUGUAUGAGCUGAAGCGGAUUGUUGAAGGAAUACUUAAAAGACCUCCUGAGGACCAGCGGCUCUACAAAGAUGAUCAGUUGCUAGAGGACAGUAAAACUCUGGGAGACUGUGGAUUCACCAACCAGACUGCCAGACCUCAAGCACCAGCUACAGUUGGUCUGGCCUUCCGUGUAAAUGAUGAGAUGUUUGAGCAGCUGCACGUCGAGGCCUUCUCCAGCCCCCCCGAACUCCCUGACGUGAUGAAGCCUCAGGACUCCGGUAGCACUGCCAACGAGCAAGCGGUGCAGUGAUGGCGGCGACGGCAAGGACGGGAACGGCUGUAUGUGGAUUAACUGGAGUGAAGAAGUAAUUUAAUUUAAUGAAUGCGGACAUUAUAGGGGUAACCAAGCCUGCCCACGUUACCUUCACGCCAUCACAUCAGCGUCCCGCCUCCGACCCCCUCAACUCCUCCUCACUUUCGCCAAAUUACUUCACAAUGUCUUUCUUUUUAUCUCCGGUAUCCACGCCAUGUGCAGCCCUGCUCCUUGAAUUUACCCGAAAGCACCAACCGUCACGAAAUUUGGAGUGAGAAUGUUGUUGGUUUGGAAAGUGUGAGUGUAUGUAAGCGUGCGUGUUUGAGUUGACUAUAAUUAUUAUCAUUAGCAUUUUUGGAAAGGCGUAGUUGAGUGUCGUAGUGCGCUAGCUGUAAAAUCCGCUCGGGUAAGAAUCCAGUAUUUGAAUCUGCAUGAACAACUUCGAAGCUAAGGUUGCAGACCGACCGCUGAGACGUUUACUUGGUGGGAUGCUCACUGCUAUUUACUCCACCUCACCAAUUUGACACAUCUAGAAAUGACGGUUUGUUUAAUCAGUAUGUGUGAGUCGUCAGUCAGUUGUGUUUCAUGCACUGAGACCAGAGGCGAUGAUGCGUUUGGUCAAAGCACAUUUGGUCAGUGACAUACGGCAAACACCGAAUGAGAACUUUGUUCUUUCAUUUUUAUUUUUUAUAUAUGCUUUCAUCAUGUCACCAACCUUAUUAUGGUAUCUCCUAACCCCCGGCACACAAACAAAGCUUGUAACUGUAAACUCGCUUAAUUAAAAAGUUUUUCCUG